CUUCUAGACUCAACUCCACACCUCUGGAGAGGUAGCACGGCCCUUGAAGUGAAACACUGGCUCCUCUUAAUUUUCUUGGGAUCAUAACUGAACAGAAUAACUGUUUUUCCAAUAAAAAGUAUCUCUUGUGCCAAGGAUAGAGGCAUAAAAAAUGGUAUCAUGUUUGAAGUCAGUUGGUACCCACAGUCCAAAGUUGUAUCUUGAAGCUAAAAAUUUACUCAUACUAAUAUUAUAAAUGCAUAAAAGUCUGUUACCUCUUCAAACUUAAACUGUUGGCCAUUAAAAUGUUAGAGUUCUCAUACAUUUGGCAACAAUGCGUGCGCUGCCUCGCCCGCAACAACACAGGUUGUGGGACAGAGUCUUAAUGAAGUUAUUGAAUGAACUCUUUUAAAGGGGGGAAAAGAGACCCCCUUUUCUGGAAGUUUGCAUGGGAAACCAAUUUUUCAAUGCAGAUGAUGUCACAGGCACUCACUUGUGCUUAAUAAAUCAAAACCUCAACUAGUUUUUAUUUACAUUACUUAAACUAGUGUAAUAUACAAUCUUUAGUUUACAUAAAAAAAAACUUUGCAAUCUAAAAAAUAAAAAAAUAAACUUACAGUUGAUACCAAUGAUUUGUCACAUGUAUUUGAUGAAGGCGAUGAGAGAAAUGUGUCAGAAAAUUCAACUUUCUCAUUUUUAUAAAUAAAAAACUCUUGAAAAGGGUCUUUCAACUCUCCAUAUAAAAGCCAGGUGCAUAGUUGGUUAACAAAUACUUUAUUAACACAUGAGAAUAUCCUGAGAAUGGCAAUUAGUAACGGGUUAAUAAGGGGUCAUCCAUAAACUACGUCACACGAAUUUCAUGAUUUUUUACCCCUCCCCCCGUCCUUGUCACAGCUGGUCACAUUUAUGAGACUCCCCCCCUCCCUAGUGUGACGUCACAUAUUUUACAAAAUUUAGAAAUUAUUGAAUGUAAACAGCGGAUCUGAAAUUAGUUUCAUUUUCAUUCAAAUUUGUUUUUUAAUAAUAUUAACAUCAAAUCCAACAAUUUAACAAAACAAAUAUGAAUAGCAUUAUGAUUACAUUAAAAAUGCAAACCUAAUAAUCUUGAGUCCAUAGACAUUGAGCCCGCUUCUUUAAAUUAUUUAUAACAGGCAUAGCACCACUUUGUUCUCGUUUGGGGUGUUUGUUUUCGUAAAGUUAUAGUUUCAACAUUUCGAUUAUAAUAGAUUUUUAAAUGUGACGUCACGAAAUGUAGGACCCCUCCCAGCCCCUUGUCACACGAUGUCACACUUCAUCGACCCCCUCCCUCCCCCUUAACGUGUGACGUAAUUUAUGGAUGGCCCCUAAGGGGUAGCUAUUACUAUAUAAUACAUAUUACCUUAAAUAAUAUAGAAAAAAGCAAGUCAAACAUUAUAAAUAACAUCAAUAUUUAUGUAAUUAAUGCAUAUCAAGAAAUUGCAGUUGUUUUCUUACCUGACCAUUGCAACAUGAACCAUUUCAUUUCCAUUCAGUAUGAAUUGAUGGAUUAAACUCAAGAUCUGGCAACCAACAAGUCUCCUCUGUUUGAUUGUGGUUAUUAUUUUAUUUAGUACAUUAAAUAAGCCCUGGAACUUCUCGACAUAACUAUAUACAAAAGAUAAUGUAUAUUUGUGGUUUCCAAUUACAAGACUUUCAACUUCCACCAAAGUCUUUUUAUAUGAUUGAAGAACUUCUGUUAGGCCUUCGCUUAAAGCUUGAGUGUAUAAACCAGACGACUUUACUCCUGAUGCUAAUACAACAAAUAUAAAAACUGAUAGUUAAAUUGGCAUCUCCUACAGCACUAGUUAAGCUAAUUUAUUGCUUUUCUAUUAGGUAUUUAAUAAACUCAAGUUAGACAAGCUUUAUAAAAUUAUUAAAAAAAAAUACCCGAUUGUGAUUUUCUACUAUGGAAGCCAGUAGAUUCAAUGAAAACUUUUAUUUUUUGGUGAGAUUUUGCAAUAUCGCAUAUUCUGUUAUAAAUCUCAGCAUCGCCUUGUUCAGCAAACAGAAUAUGGUUUUUCUGAAAUACAGAUUUAUUAAACAGUAGAUAGAAUACAAAUUUUGGCUUCAUAUUACCAGAUUGAUAUUUAAUUUCUCCUACAUUAUCAUUCAAUCCAGAUGAAUCCCAUAAAAUUAACAAGGCAUCUUGCAUCAUUUUGCCACCAAAAUCCGAAAUGAGAUAUAAUAAAUAAAAUAAGUGGCAAAUGGCAAUAUUAGCCUUCAUGCCAUAAUAAAAGAAGAAAGAACAUAAAAUGAUGUCCAAGGAAAGGACACUUGUCUUUAUAAUAAGAAUUUUAAGUAGCGUAAACUAAAAAGGAAAUAAAACUAUUUGAAAUAAAAAAAUAUCAAUAGUUCACAAAACAAUACUACUCUAAAUAGUUUGUCUACUGUCAAUGAUUGUGAAUGAAUGGUGAAAGAAUGAAAGAUCUCAGGACUGCGUUAAGAACCUACGCUCCAGGUGCAACCAAUAUUAUGAAAAAAGAUCCAUAAAUUAUAUGUCAAAAUAUACAUCAGGGUAAAAAGUUGCACACCGAUCUUAGGUUUAGAACGUAACCCCGAAAUCUGUGAUGGUGAAUGGCGGCGAUAUCGAAUGUCGAUUGGCUGGAUGUUUCCAUUCAUCAGUCACUUUACCACAGGUUAAAAACAAGAUUUGUAAAUAUCGAGAUAGACAAAAGAAUCAUAUCGAGUAUUAUUCAAUCAUUCUUUACAGUCGUUCAUUUUUUUGUCCUUCUUUUGUGUGUUCUGUUUCCUUACCUGCCGAAACUUGCGCCUGCGGUGGCAAAACAUUCUUAUCCCAUUGGGCGAUUUUAUUGUAGGUUGUAGGCAACUGGCUGGUACUCUAUACAUCUGGCCGGCGGCGUCGAAAAGUUUUUUUGUUGUUAUACCAGUUUGCGAGUUUGUAAUGCAAGCGUUAUCUCAUAUUGCCAGUUGUAUUUUAAAGUAUAGGUAUAUUUUUAUUUCAAUUACAUAGAAUGCCUGAAUUGUGAAAUGGCCGAAGUAUGUAGAUUAGAAAAUCACAAAGUAGAAAAUAAAUUAGCGAAUUCACAAGAAGAAAACUUUUGUGUAUUAAAUGUAUUGUGUGUGUUUAUUUCACUUGUUACCAUACUUGCAGACUUGACGACAGAUGUUUUGGUGUUUGCUGAAUAUUGCAAUGCCGGGUAUUGGUAUUGGGCACUGCCCACUUUAUUACUCAUAUUUGCUCCAAAUAUCAUUACAAAUAUAUUUUCAAUAAGAUGGUAUGUGAAGGACAGUAAUGUUAAGUCUAAUGUUAGACACUGGGUAACACACAUCUUCCUAGUCGGAAUUCUGGAAAGGUAUAUAAUUUUUCUACACAAAGUUUUGUCCUGUAAUAUGUUUGAAUCAACACAAACUCAAAAAUUGGUAAUACAGCAAAAUGAUUUAAGCCUAUUACACUUCUUACAUGUUUUUACUGGGACAGUUCCUCAAGUUAUUCUACAGUCUUAUGCAGUAAUAGUAAUGAAUGAUAACUAUCAUACAAAAGUUUUUGCGUUGACAGCUUCAAUUGCAUCUGUAAUUUGUGGAUGCAGCAAUUAUAUUUACAGUAUAGGAGCAUUUUAUAAUCAAAAUAUUAAUUGGAAAUCUUUACUGUCCAAAUAUAUAUGGCACUUUAGUAUGUUACUUGGUAGAAUAUCUAGUAUUUUACUAUGCACCAUUUGUUUUGGUUUAUGGAGCUUAAUACCUUUAGCUCUACAUUGGACUGCUAUGACUUUUUGGAUCAUUACCCAAAAAACAACUUUCUGUCAUAAUAAACUAGAAGAAACUCUUUAUAAUGUUGUAAUGGGAUUUGUAUAUUAUUUUUGCUAUAUUAAUUUAAAAGAAGGUUCCACCAGAUACAGACUUAUCAUAUUUUACAGUUUAACUGUAACUGAAAACUUUGGGAGUUUAUUUUUAUACUAUUUGUUUUCUAAUUAUGACCAGCAAAACAAGACGUGGUCUAUGGUAGCUACAGUCUUUGUGAUUGGAGGAACUAUGAUUGGAAUCUUUUCAAUGAUUUUAUACUACAGAUACUUUCAUUUCAAUGGUCCUAUACAGUGGAAAAAAAGUAAUAAUGAGCUUGAGUUAAAUAAUAAAACUGAUAUAGAACAUGUGUCUAGUAAUAAAGAUGUUGUGGAAAAAAAGUCUGAUAAUUUAAGAUCUUUCAAACAAAUACAAAAAGAGAAAGAUGAUAUAAAAACAAGGGAAACCAUAUCUGCUCAAAGUGAAAUAUCAAAGAACGAUACACACAACGCAGAUAAAAAAUUCUUAUUAGAUCACUGGAUAGCAAGAUCUGGGACACCAACAUUUUCUUCGGUACCAAUAGGAAAUAAUAGCAUGGACGUAUCAAGUAUCGAAUUUUAUACCGUUGAGAAUACCCCACAGACUACGCUAUCAAUGGAUGCGUUGGACGAAUGUGGAAAUUUAAAAAGAGUCUUGAACAAUUAUAAAGAUCGAAAAAUCUGUUUGCCUACAGAACUAAAUUUAAAGUUAUCAUCAAUAGAUAGUUUGGAAAGUUCAAUUGACGAAAUAACCAGCAACAAUCUUAAUUUACAAAAAAGACGUGGAAUUUGUUCAUCAGACGAGUUAAGGAAUGAUCUACCGAAUAUCAAUAUUGACAUUGUAAACAGGAAUUACAUAAAAAAUAUCAAGACUGAUCACUGUUCGGAAAUUAGUCAAGACACGGAUGGUUCUAAUAAGAAAACAUCAUCUGAUUCUAUUGAUAUGGAUUUAGAUUUAAGUUUUAGUGAUAUAAAUAGUUCUGAUAUUAAUACUUUUAAUGAAAAUAUUGUUCAAAAAUUAUGUUUAAGUGCUCUAAAGAAUAUCAAAGUGGGAAACCAAGAUGCUGAUAUUGAAAAUAUCCAAAGGAUAGCAUUGGAUAUUUUGAAGGAAAUGUAUACCAAAAAAGGCAAAUGUCUUUUAAACGUUGAUACUUUUGUAUCGAAGCAACGUGAUCUUGAUACACCAACAGAAAUUCUUUCUGUUCAUGAUUAUGAAAAUAUAUGUGCCGUCAAUAUAGCAAGGGAAGCAUGGGGUUUGAGGUCGUGGAAUGGAUACUCUGAUAUUGAAAAUUGGUUACACGACGGUAGUGUAGUGCGGGAUAGAAGACGUGACACACUUACUUCAGGAAGUUCAGAAAUAAGUAGUUGUUUGUCACAGGAACUGAAAAACGCUAUAUUAUCAGCUUCACCAUUUCCAAAAAAAUCUCCAACUUAUUCUAAUGUGUUUGUUAGGUUUGAAAGAACAAGCCAAGAAGAUUACGUAAAUGCUGCUAUGUGUCAUCCAAACGAUGAUACCUUUUUAGCAAAACCUUGUGUAGCAGAUGUAUUGAAAGAUCCCAAUCAUUUAGAGCCAAUAAUGGAAGAAUUAGAUGACUUGGGGGAUAAAGACCAGCCAAUUAAAAAGAGGCUAAAUUCAGAAAGUUCUUUGGUUGCUACAAUAGAUGAAAUAAGAAAAGUUACUGUUAAUAAUUCCCCAAGGAAUGUUUCUGUCAGGAGAAAUCACAUUUGGGACUCUCCUCUACUGGAAACGCACGAUAAAAUUGAUUCACAUUUAAAGAGAGCCCUAUGGAAAGAACCUUCGAAAUUCGAUUCUAGUAAUAUAAUGAUAUCCUAUCCUGAAAAAGAAAAUGUUUCUUAUGGUUUUAAGUUUGAAAAUCCCAAACCAAGUCCUAUUGAAUCAAUGAGAGAUGAUAGACAUUAUACUGAAAUGUGUUCAUUUUACAAUCAAAACACGAAAUUACCACAAAGUUCUGUCGGAAAUACAGCAAAACAUAAAAACAAUAAAACUGAACAAAAUGCCCAAGAUCUUUCUAGUAAAAAUAUAGACUUAUUAUGGCAAAUUGUGUCUGAAAAUUCAAUUCCACAUAGUUCAGUCGAAGAUUUGGCAUCAAAUCGUAUAUCUUCAUCUCUACAAUCAUUAAUUCAAAAGGAUUCAACUCCUAACGAUACUGCUGACAAUACUACAAAAACCAUUAAUACAAAAAAAGGAUCAAGAAGUCGUCCAAGAAGAAAGUUUUCCAUAUUAAGAGAGAAAUUUGAGCCCAGAAUAAACAUAAAUUCGGAUGAAGAAAUUUUAUGCCGUCAGUCUGAAAGCACCAGUUUUCAUCCCGAUGUUAUAGUGAAUGUUAAAAAUAAAUUUGAAACACUAGACAAACAACACACAAUAAAUAACAGACUGGAUGUGAAAAAUUUUAACAGAGCAAAGUAAAACACAUCUAUUUUUAUGAUCAUUUUGAAAUUUUCCUCUAUCUUAUUAUACAAGAUAUCUCACCUUUUUACUAGGUUAAUGCUCCGUAUUUAAAAUGAUCUCAUUAAUUAAUCAUUUACUCACAAGUUUAAAAUUUUGUAAAAUUAGAAAAAUCUUUUUUAUGAUAAAUUGCAUUUAAAAAUAAUAGUGUAGUCUGUAAAUCAAAUAUUUUUGGCAGAAUACUUUACUUAUGAUUAUAUACUUAUAUCUGGUAUUUUAAUGAUAGUAUUAACGACAACACUCAGUGAUGUCAAUUAAACUUACAAAGUUACGUAUUACUCUAAUAUUAUAAUUGGUUCCUAUCUCACUUGAUCUAUCAUUAUAAAUAUUCUGAGCCUGCUAUAAAAAAAUACAGCAUUAACUUUAUCAAAUUAUGAUUGACAUCUCUAAGUGUGGCUGUGAGCGAGUUAUUUGAUAUUUAGAUGUGUAGGGAGAGAUAAAUUGACUGUGAUGUCUGUGCCUCUUGUUCGAAAUUUAUUGCCAGUAUUAUAAACAUUUAGUAAUUAAUAGGGUUAGGUUUAACCAUGAUUUCAAAUUUGAAGUGAUCUUAUUAUGUUCGUUGUUAUGAUACAAAAUCAAACUUACUUUAUAAUCUAUACAACCAAUUUAUUGUUUGUUGUUUACAAUAAUUAGCAUUAUAAAUUAGGUGAUAAUUAAAUAUUAAAAAUAGAAACAAAUGCAUGGUGUCAACACUUUGUUUGUAUUUAUUAUAUAUAAAUACUUCAUAAAAUUAACUAACUAAAGAAAUAUUCAGGUGUACAAAACAAUGGAACAGUUGAUUGAAUGGAAUAUUGUGUAGCAGCAAUACAAAAGUUACUGUUACUGAAAAUAUCUUCUCUAUAUGUAUAUAAAAAUCAAUUGCUGUUCGUUUGUCUCGCUAAAACUCGAGAAUGGCUGGGCUGAUUUAACUGAUACCGGUUUUGAAAUGUUCGUUGUAGUCCAGGAAAGUUUUCAACGGUAAGAAAAUAUGGAAAAAUUGCGAGCAACAUAGUAAAACCCACAAUUUAAUUUUACCAUUUAAACAAUUCUACCUACUUUCCUGUCAAACAUUUGAUGUUCGUCCCUUCGAUACGGUAGACUCAGGUCCACUCAAAUUGAAGCACGUAUUAAAUUUAGGGUUUUGAUCGACUAGGUACAUAUAUCCACAUUAUUCGGAUUAUCACUUUUUUUAAUUUUCGUUUUCACUUUCUCCAAAAUUAUUGUAAGUGGUGCGAAGUUCAUUAGGUCACCUAGUAAGAAAUAAAUAAUACAACGGAUUUAUAAGUACGACUUUCACAACAUUGUUAACGGAAUUUGAAAAUAUUGAUAAGGUAAUUGUAACAUAUCGUUUUCUAUAGUCCUAGAUAUUAACUUAAAACAAAACGAAAUUUUGACGAAUUGCUUUUUUGAACUUUCUGCCAUUUCACCAGCUGCCCCAUUGUUUUGUACGUCCUGUAUCCCACUUAUUAUAGUAUCAUAAACGUGAGUUUAUUUGUUUGUUACUUAUGCAAAAAUGGCUGAAUGAAUUUGAAUUAGAAGAUAAAUAGACGAAGGAUACUUUUUAUCCCAGAAAUGUCAGGUUUUUGUAUGGAAUGUGUAACAAACUUAGUAUUACAUACUUAAUAACUUAGAUAAAACACUAACUAUUAAUAUUUCAUACAAAUGUCAUCAAUUUGAUUACAGGCGCACUCAAAGACGUAAUUUUAUUUUUAAAAUUGGUUCUGUCCUUUUCUUUAACUUUUAAUGUCGUCUCUGUAAAUAUGGUUUAACUAAGCAUAAUAGAGAAAAAGAACGAUGAAAGUUAAUAAACAAACAAAAAUUCUCAUAAAAUAUCAUUCAAAAUAAUAAUAAAUUUAAUAAUAAUAAUUUACCAACGAAAUCAUAAACCAAUAAAAGAUAAAGUUUACCAAAAUAGUCUAAUUUCUACAACUGUCUUUAAGGUUUAUUGUGCUUAAAAUAAGUUUCGUAUUAAUAAAUUUUACACUUUAUGGGAACUUGAUAUGUUACCAACUAUACAUUAUAAAUAAAUAACAAAUAAUCUCAAUAAAUUUUCAAUACACCUGUAUUUUACAACUUUCAAAGCCAAUAAACAAUUUAUUUUUGUAAUGAUUAGUUUAUUUGCACAAUUUCAUUUUUAUUCAGGUAAUUUAAGAAUUAAUAUACAUUAAUCAUUUGAUAAAUUGUUUUUAAAACUCAAAUAAAAUCGACUAGUAGGCACUUAAAUUUAUAACGGAUUCCCAAAGUAAACCUUAAAAAUAUGGCAUUUUUAUAGCAGAGUAAUUGUAACAGUGACAAAUCUUAUGCAAUAACUUUACGUAGGUUAAUCGAUAUCAAUCACAACUAAUAAAUAUAUUAAUGGAACAACAAAUUAUAUGUUCCAUCUAAAGAAAAGUUUACUAGAAAAAAAUCCGGUCCGCAUGGAUUUUUUUUCUUCUAGUAAACUUUUCUUUAGAUUUAAACAUCUAGCAGUUAAAUGCUUAAAAAUAAAUAAAAACAUCACUAUAUGUUCCAUUUUUAUGUAAUCGACUAAUAGUCAAUUUAUAACGAAUUCCCAAGCUAAACUUUAAAAUUAUGGUGUUUUUUAUACUUGUCUCAAAAACAAUAUUAAGUAUUAGGUACGAUAUCGAUCUUAGUUAUUUGUUAACCAUAAACAUUGAAUAAUGAAUAAGUACUAUUAUUAGUACAAAAAGUAAAUAUUUAUUCAAAAUUACCGUUUUGACCAUUAAAGAUCAGUAGUCAUAACGUUUGUUAGAAGGCGAAUGCGAUGAGCAUUACAUUCUUUGCAAAGAAUAUGGUCGUCCAACGGGUAACACCCGCGACCUUCAGCUUCAGAUGAUAGUAAAAGCCCGCAGUCUUCACAGCAAUAACAGCGUACAUGAAAACUGCGAUCUAAAGCUACAACUCUUACAGUUUCCUCUUCUCCACUUUCUGGCAUUAUAGGAAGUUCACAUACGCAACAGCGAGGUGCGAAUUUACGAUGAAAAUCUUCUAUACAAUGAAUUUGAUUCAUUGCAUCAACUGUAAAAGGUAUUCCGUCGAGGCUCUUUCCACAAACUAUGCAAGUGAAACAGGACGGAUGAUAGGGAUUACCAGUUGCACGUAGAAUCCUAUCUAAAAUAGGAUUGUCGCAUACUGAACAUUUUUCCAGACUUUCAUAGUAAUCCUUUUCACAAUAUGGUUGUCCUUCUACAGCAUGAAACGUCUUGCCUUGUAAAUUUAUGUAACAUCUACAGCACGAAAAACAUUUCACAUGAUACAUAUUUCCCAUAGCAGUGCAACCUGAACCUUCACCAAUGACUUUCUCAUUGCAUUUCACACAAACUCCAAAAACGUCCAAGUCCUGACUGUCUGAUAUUGAUUGUACCAAAAGGUUUGUAAGAGCAUCAACCUCUUCUUCUUUACGCAAACUUGGACUGGGCAUAUUAUUUUGAUAAUUUGGAAUGCUAGUUACUUCUUUAGAACUUUUUGAAAGUGGAUGAGGAUUGAUUGGUUCAUAGAGUGAUUCAUAUGUUGAUGACUGUGAAACUCCAUACUCUGGAUAUUCAUUUUGAUAUGUAGGAGGAAAUGCCCGGUCUUGAUUAAAACUUAAAUUCGUAGUAGCACGGACUAACUCACUAUAGUUAGAACUGACUGGUGAGGGCGGAGGUAGUAAAUCGUCAUUUAACUGCUUGGUUGUGGAAGGUUUUGGUUGGGACAAAAUCAAGUGAGAUGGUGGCGGUGGCGGUGGCGGAGGAGGUAAGUCAUCGUCACUUCUUCGAAACUGUGGUAUAUUACCAUAUGUAACAUUUUUGCUUGCAGAUAUCAUUGGCACAUUAUAUUUCUGAAGAUGACUAGGACGGUUUCCUUCGCAAUGGUUUAUAUUAGCAUAAAUCGCAGACCGAUUAUUUCCUGGAGAAUUAUUGUAUGUAGACGAAUCAUUAUUUUUAGAGUAUAUCAUCUUUGAAUAUGAUGGCUCUUGAAUGUUAGUUACCAAUGUGCUGUAAGGAACCUGAGGUUGUGCCUUCUUUUUAGGUGGUAUGGCAGGAGGUACCUUUUUCACUUUGCUUGAUGUAUUGACUAUAGUUGCCAUUUGUAGGUCUGCUAAUUGUUUUUCCAAUGUAUCCAUGUUAUCAAGUCGAGAAUGACCUGAUAAAAGAUUGCAUUGGUAUUAAUUUAAAGUUUGAUUAUAUCCUACAUGAAAUGCUUCUAUUCUCAACACAGCGUUAUAAAAUUAGAUCUUUAUAUAAACUUAUUUUAUUUAUUUUACUGUAAGAAGUUAACAUCAAAGAAAAAGUUGCAGCGAUUGGUUCUUUGUUGGUGACGUACAUAAUAUAGAAGAUUAUGAUAAGGACUUUUUACAUUCCUCUAAUAUAUGAAAAUAAGUAUACUUCACAAAACAACAAAAUCUGAAAUAAUAUAGUUUUUGGAAAAAUUAAAGAAAAUAAUACCUGAGCCUCGAUAAGAUCAAU